UAUGGUGCACUUGCGUGUCCCUCUCCUCGCCUUCUUCUCCAUACUCGCUGCCUCCGUCCUCGCCCAGCCGCCGCUCAACCCGGCGGAGCAAGACUCGCUCUACCGCAUCCUUGUCUCCGUCAGCCACCCCUUGGCGCCGCCUCUUCCCUGACGAUCUCUGCUCCUCCGCCCCCACGGCGUCGCCUGCGACUUCUUCGACUCCUUCUCCACCCCGCACGUCACCGAGCUCAGCUUCGGUUACGUCUCUGAUUACACCCCCAACCCCCCCUGCAACCCUAACUCCACCCUCAGCCCCUCCCUCCUCGCGUCGUUCCCCUACCUCCGCAAGCUCAUGUUCUACAAAUGCUUCUCGGAAAUUAAAACUCAAUUCCCCGAUUUCUCUUCCCUCAGCCACAAUUCCUCGUUGGAGGAGCCAUGACGAAUCAAUUGAUUUAAUGUAGGCAUCGCUCUUUCCUUUGUCCUUCCCCCCUAUUUUUGCCCUAUCACUAGUGGUUACUCCCGAUCCGAAGCACCCGAAUUCAAUCUUGCCCAAGACUCGAUAACGAGGGUCUCCUCCUCCCACCUCCUAAUCCUAGGCAGACUGUCGGAAAGCAGGAUUGAUCGGCGAGUUUGCCUACCUCGAGCAGCUCACGCUCUCGAGAAACAGAUUCUCCGGCGAGAUCCCGAUGAAUGUUUUUCGGAACAUGAAGAAGCUGGAGAUUCUAGAUCUGAGCGACAAUGCUUUCCAUGGAGCAAUGCCGGAAUCAAUUGGAUCCGCGGCUGCAUUGGUGAAGCUCGAUUUGAGCCACAACGGAUUCUCUGGCAAAAUUCCAGAGAAUCUCUCGUGCUUGAAGAAGGUGGAGUUUCUCGAUCAGAGCUACAACAAAUUUGGGGGAUUUGGGUUUCCUUUGGCUUUGACGGAGAUGCCGAGUUUGAAGGAAGUGUAUCUGAGCGGCAAUUUUCUGGGAGGGGAGAUUCCUGACAUUUGGGAAAAGAUGAGGGGCAUAAUUGGAAUUGGGCUCUCCAGCAUGGGGUAUGUUGGUAAAAUCCCCAAAUCAAUGGGGGUACAACUCAGGAAUGCAUGCUACAUAGGGCUUGACAACAACAUGCUUCGAGGGGUUGUACCUGCGGAGCUUGGUGAAUUGCAGUUUGUGGGUGAGUUGAAUUUGUAAAACAAUAAUCUCAGUGGGAAGCUGCCAUUCUCUGCGUUUUCAUGUCUUAAGUUAGGGGGGAAGUUGAAGCUGGAGGGAAAUUUCGACCUUUGCAUUAAUGAGGCUUUGAAAUCACUUCAUCAUGGCCAUCUCAGCAUCUGCAGGAAACCUUAUGUUUCCAAAAAUGCCCUUUUCCAUGAGUGAGAGUGCAUGUUCUAUUCCAACUUUGCCAUUUUUGGCUUUGCUUUUGGGGGUUUUUAGCUCAAAUUUGGGUUUUCAUGUGAAACAUAGUACUACUUGCUA